AUGGCAGACGACAGUGAUGAGGCGGAGGAGAAGCUCGAGCGCGACAGAGAAUUUCGCGAGAAGACCCGCUCCAGUGAGAAGCAAGCGCCUCUGGUGUGCUUCCUACGAGGGGAUGGCUUCAGGCACGCCGGCGUCAUGCGAUUCCCCGUGGCCACCAUACCCAAGGACAAGUGCACGCACAUCGUGUACUCUUACCUGGAAACCAACAACAAGACUGGAGAUCUGUUGUUCCGUAAGAGGGGUCUGCACAAGGAAAAGGCUUUGUUGAGGAAGCUGGCCUCAAUGAAAAAUCACAACCGACAUCUAAAGGUUCUCUAUAGCUACGGUGGUGGGGCGCACUGGAGCAGCCUGCUCAACCGGCUGCGCUCAGACAAGGACAUGGAGGAGCUGGUGAAGAAACUCGACGAGGUGCUGAGAGAAAUGCGACUGGACGGCAUCAACUUUCACCUCGAAGGACCCGGCCCUUCCACCUGCAGCAAGAACGACGCUGACAGAGUCUUACAGUUCAUCAGGAGACUCCGGUUAAAGGUAGCCCACCACGACGUCCUGCUCACGAUGCAGCUUCCCGCCUGCCGCGAUUCCAAAUGUGACCAUGUACAAAAGAAUGAACUGGCCCGCUAUAUAGACUACUUUUUUCUGAUGACGUUCGACUACAAGUUGGACGACCUGUCUAAGACAAGGAUAACUAGCGGAGUUCUACAGUACGAAAACGGGAGGCGUACCCACAUCGACACUGAAGGUUGCGUGUAUCACUGGGUCAAAGCCAGCUUACAGAAGAACCAGAUAAUACCGGGAAUUCCCACGUACGGCCGUUCUUACACGCUUGACAACCCGAACAAGUACGGCCUCGACGAAAGCCUCAAGAAGUCCCACCCACUCGGUUAUGGCGCAAACUUCACCAAGACGGCCGGAUACAUGAAUUACAUCGAGACAUGCCGACGUGUCGUGUACUUCCACUGGGGAAGACAAUGGGUGAACUUUGCGGCGACUCCUUACAUUCACUACGAGGACCAAUGGAUCAGCUACGAGGACGUAGACAGCGUUAAAUACAAGAUCGAGUGGAUGCGCAAGAACAAUCUCGGUGGCAUCUUCUUGUGGUCGCUAGAGGCAGACGACUAUGCAGGCAGCUGCCAGCAAGGAAUACGCUACCCCAUGGUGGAGGCAGCAAGAAAGGCACUGCAAGGUUACCGUCCUUCUUAAAUAAACGAUUA